CGGCAAAUCCACCUGUCACCUGUUUGCACCAGGCUGUAGACGUUUUUUUCUGCUGUAAAGUUGGGCAUUUUAACAUGGGGAUCUAUGGGACUGACCCCCUUUUGCAGCCAGCCAAUCGGACGGUAAUUGUUUCUCAGGGGGAUGUAAGUGAUUUUCAACAUUUAAAGGGGAUAGUCUAGUCGGUGAUUUAAUUGCCGUCAGAUUCCAGGAUGUCGAGUAGUCGGUGUUUUUCUCUCACCUCCUCCGUAAAAAUCCAAUGACCAACUGACAGAAGGCGCGAGCUUUUAUUCUGAAAUUUAAGACGAACCAGGAAGUGGAGCAAAAAAAAAGGUCCUUUCCGGUUCAGCAACAUAAGAGGACAAGCAUGACUCGACACGGGAAAAACUGCACAGCAGGAGCCGUUUACACUUAUCACGAGAAGAAGAAAGACACCGCCUCUUCUGGUUAUGGGACACAAAGUGUGCGUUUGGGGAAGGAUGCGAUCAAAGACUUCGACUGCUGCUGUCUCUCCCUACAGCCCUGCAGGGACCCCGUCGUCACUGAAGAUGGAUACUUGUAUGAAAAAGAAGCCAUCCUGCAAUACAUUCUUCACCAGAAAACAGAUAUCGCCAAGAAAAUGAAGGCAUAUGAGAAGCAGAAAAAGGCUCUAAAGAGUGAAGGCCAGCUGGAGUCCAAGUCUGAGGAGCGAGAGAGAGCUGAGAACUUCAAACAGAGAGAGAACAACAUCGUCUCCAAGCCAAUCAACCCCUUUACCUCAGAGAAAUCUAAGGACGAAGGAAGCCAGAAGGGCUCAAGCAGCUCCUCCAGUUCUGACACAGGAGCGUCCAGUUCCUCUUCAGCUCUGCCCAGCUUUUGGAUCCCCAGCCUCACACCAGAGGCCAAGCCCACCUUGCUUAAAAAACCUUCAAAGACCGUGUUGUGCCCCAUGUCAGGACGUCCUAUAAAGAUGAGUGAUUUGAUUUCAGUGCGCUUCACUCCACUGGACCCCAGUCUGGACAGAGUGGCCCUCCUCACACGCCAAGACAGAUACGUGUGUGCAGUAACCAAAGACACGCUUGGGAACUCUGUGCCCUGUGCAGUUCUUAGACCCUCUGGAGCCGUGGUCACUAUGGAGUGUGUGGAGAAGCUCAUACAGAAAGACAUGAUUGAUCCAGUGACUGGAGACAAACUGAAAGAGAAGGACAUCAUACCCCUUCAGAGGGGUGGGACUGGCUUUGCAGGCUCAGGAGUGACCCUCAAAGCUAAAGAGGCCAGACCCGUUAUGCAAGCAUAAACAAGAGGAUUGGACCCCGCUUUCACCCUGUAAAUAUUGUCAUUAAUUUGUAGUCCUUUGGUUGUCAGUUGUUUGGUGGUGGGGUAAUUGGAGUGGAUGUUGAAGUUAUUUUUUUUCCCCCUUUGACUCCAAAGAUACUUUAAUGUCAUGUGUACACAAUACGCAGUAAAUGUUUUUUUGUUUUUAAUAAAUCAUUCAUUUUA